UUUAAAAACCCGUAAAGCUGCUGGUAGCACGCAGAGUUUUAGUCGCAGAAACCCCGCCUACGUGGACAGAGUGAGUACUCCGAGGAACAAACGCUGCCACAUAAAAAUUCGAGGUGCCUAAAAAUGAAGGCUGCAGUCCUGGUUUCCCUCCUGACCCUGGUUGUCGCCGCUCCUUGCAUCGCUUACACCGUACGCGAACAAAAGGAGAAAAAUGCACCCAACGACUCACUCAAUGAGACUGCAAGUUAUCUACGAAUGGUCGGACACGUUUUGCAAGAAAAAAAUGUCACGAUAACAUUCAAUGCGCUGUUGGCUGAUCUGGCAGCCGAACUAGAGACCUUCCGUGACGAUGAUACACCACUGGAUGAAAAUACCUCCGAGUACUUCUUGAAGAAACUCCGCAGGGUAGUGGAGAACGUCGCUAAGGCCGUUGUGGUGAACCAAGCUGUGGGUGCCGUUGCUGGAUGGAUGGGAUAAAUGUGAAGCCGCUUUAAUCCUGCCCAAUACUUUAGGAACAAAAAGAAAUACAUGUCCGUGAAGAAUUUCAUCUCA